GUCCUCCAAAAGGCAAAAACAAAGCUAAAGAUGGAAAGAAAUCCCAGGAGCCAUCAGAGGCCAUGAGAGAAUUGCUGAAGGAAGUGCUGCAGGGAGGGCCUGAUAUGGACCAAGGGGCUCUGUGGCAGGCGGCGUUCCCCAAAGGAAGCAGUGGCUCCGUGCCAGGCUCUGCUGCGGGCAGGGAGGCGAUGCCAGGCACGGGCACACGGGAUGAGGAUGCUGGGAUUGCUUCCCCAUUGGAUUGGCUGCAUGAAGUUUUGGGGCCCUUGAUGUCCCCUGCAGGCGUAUCUGCAGGGAGGACUUUUCCAGCUCCUCUGCUGGUUAUUCCACACAAGCCCAGCUCACAUGGUCCUCCAAGAGGCAAGAACCAACCUCCAGGUGAAAAGAAAUCCCAGGAGCCAUCUGAAGGCAUGAGAGAAAUACUAAAUGAACUGGGGAGAGGUCAGGAUGCAGCCGGUGCUACAACACGUGCUCCCAAGAUCCAGGAGAGCACUGGGAGAGAUUUCUGUCGGGGAACACACUGUUUGAUUGUCAUAAUGGCAAGCAUGUUGGGUGGGCUGCUUGCCAUCAUGUCAUGCUGUGCUGGAAUCUGGUACUGGAGGGUGAGAAAACGGCUCCUCUCUGCUCCUGCUCCAGCCCGGCCAAACACCUCAGGCAGGAAGAGCAGGACCUCUCACCCUCACUCUUUGUACCCUUGCUCAGCUGCGUUGCCGCGGCUGCAGCACCUGCUUUUCGAUGUCAAGGUCCAGCUGCCACCAAAACGAUCCUCUCUGCCUCUAAACCCACUGAUCGCACCCUAUGACGAGGACUGAAGUUGGUCCUUUCCUGCCCACCCCUUUUGUUCAAAUAA